GUGGCGGUAACCCCUGGCAACGGGCGGGGCUGGGCCUGGGGUCCCUGCGGCUCCCGGGGGGUCUCUGCAGCUCCCGGGGGACUCAGCCCCAGCGGUGUGUGUCACCUUCUCUGCCCGGGGCGGGCAGAGGGGGAGCCCGGGCCUGUCCCCCCCCCCCGCUGCUCGGCGUCCCUCCCCUGACGGCAGCAUCGCUCCGUGGGAGGAGGGGCAGGAUGGAUGUCUUGAGGCCCACCCUGAUAAGGAUUGGGGGGCGAGUCUACAGGAAGAACCUGGUUCAAGAGCAGACCUACCAGCAGGAGGAGGAGUUCUCUGCAGGCCCCGUUGACUGCGCCGACGAGCCCUGCGAUGCCUUUGGGGUGGAAGAGACUGAGAGAGGCUUCCAGUGCAGAGUGGAGGUUCCCAGCCCGUUGUACAAGUACAUCAUUGGGAAGAAAGGGGAAACCAAGAAGAGGCUGGAAGCAGAGACCCGAACCUCCAUCAGCAUUCCCAAGCCUGGAGUGGAGGGAGAGAUUGUGAUCACCGGGCAGCACCGCAGCGGCGUCGCCUCCGCCCGGACGCGCAUCGACGUUCUCCUGGACAGCUUCCGUAAGAAGCAGCCCUUCACACACUUCCUGUCCUUCCCUCUCAACCAGCCUGCCAUCCAGGAGAAGUUCCUGCAGUUCAAGGAGGAAGUGUUGGAGAAAUGCUCAAAGGAUGAUGGGGUCAGCAGCAGCCUCUUCCAGAACCCUGCAAAGCUUCACCUGACUCUGGGGACGCUGGUACUUCUGAAUGAGCAAGAGAUCCAGAAAGCCUGUGACCUCCUACAGCAAUGCAAAGAGGACUUUGUGGACCAAAUAGCUGGAGGGAAGCCCCUGACUGUGGAGCUGGCAGGAGUGGAGUACAUGAAUGAUGACCCUGCCAUGACUGAUGUGCUCUAUGCCAAAGUCCACAUGAAGGAUGGCUCAGACAGAUUGCAGGUGAUUGCUGAUCAACUGGUGGAAAGGUUUGUGGCCUCUGGCCUGAUGCUGAAAGAAUGGGACAGGGUGAAACUGCAUGCUACUGUCAUGAACACUCUCUUCAGGAAAGAUCCAAGUGCUGAAGAGAGAAACAAUCCCAUGGCUGGUAAAUCAUCUUCAAAGGAACGGGAGUCGUUUAACAGCCGAAACAUCCUCAAGCUCUUUGAGAACUUCCACUUUGGAGAGGUGCAGCUGGACUCAGUGCUCCUUUCCCAGAGGUUCUCCUCGGAUGCCUCUGGGUACUACGCGACGUCAGGGCGGCUGAACUUCUGAAGGGGCUGCUGCAGCAGGUCUGCUCCUUGGUCACCUGGGGUUGUGUGAGACGUGAAUCUUGGUUGGGAACCCAGGGACUCCAAGCAGGGAUGACUCCUCAAAAGCACAUCGAAUUUGGGAACCAGUAAAGGAAAACUGGCUUCAUCCUGGCUCAAACCAGGACAGGGGAGCUAGGGUCCUUCUGCUUCCUUUCCCCAGAAUGUCACAAAGUCCUCCCUGUUGGUUUUCCAAAAAAAAAAACACCAACUAGCAAAAACUGAUGCAGGUGGCUUUUUAAAGGAUGUUUAAGCAGGACUUGAUUUCAGAAGAAAGAAGUUUAUUCUUCAAAUCAGGUAUUUUAAAUCCCAGAGAGCUCCCCGGAGCACGGUUUAAAAUAGUGAGGUCAGGCAUUGCUUGGAUCUCCAGCAGGGUGCCCGUGUGAUGUCGAUCUCCAAAUAAAUUAAUUCCCUUCAAAAGCAAA